UCUCUUCCUCUCCACUUACAGUUCCAUGGAUGUCCUUGACAGCUUCGCAUUUCGUUCCUUAUGAUUGGAAUUUCCUUGUCAGGGCCUUGGGAGAUUCCUUGAAUCAAUCUGUCAACAUGCGAAAAAAAAAAAAAAGGGUUCCCAAAGUAGAAUUGAGAACCCGGAAAUGCACUCCCAAAACUGCCCCUCUCUUCCGCAGGACACUAUCUAUCUUCAUACAGGAACCGAAAAUAGUCGCACACACUCCCCCUCCCCCGACGACCGACGAUCCUUGCUUGCCGUCAGUCGCAAUCACUCCGUGAUAAUCCGCGUUACUUGCCCGAUUGGGUGGAAUCCUACAUACUGGCCAUGCAGUUUGCGGUGGUCGUUUCAGCCUGCCCAGCGUUUGACCUUCAUACUCAGUAACUCUUGCAUCGGGUUGCGAUUCAUCAUUACGACUGUUUUGUUUUGGUUUCUACUCCUUCCAGACCGACUCUCAUGAUUCGAUGAUAGCUCAUCUGCCUCUCCACCAUACCGUACAGAUCAUAUAUGCAUGAGAGGGCUCGAAUCUACAGGCCACGUCGCAUGCAGAGGACCACGCUUCAGGAUUAGAAAAAA